AUGGAUCGCUUCCACCAAAUUAACCCGUUCGCCAAGCGUGACUCCCACACUACAACCUCCAUCACGACCUACAAGAUCCUCUCACUUCUCACCUGGCUCUUGUCCGUCGUCACCACCGUUUACUACGAUACCCAUGCGCCUGCCGACGGAAAAUAUCUUGGGGGUAGCAUUUGGCACCAGAACUAUCACCACUACUCUGGCUUCACCCAAAAUGCAGUCAUUACCUCCAUCUACUUUGUCGUCAUGUUUAUCCUCCAGUUGAUCUAUACCUCUCACCUCUUCUCCUCUGAUGCCACAACCGUCAACGCCGCGGCUUCCGUCGGUAGCCAUUUCAUUCUCAACAACCUCCUCCAUUUCGCCUGGGUUAUGCUCUUUGUCCGGUCGCACUUUGUCUGGUCUGAGAUCAUCUUGAUCAUCAACUUCUUCAACCUGUCAAGCUUGUACUUCCGCCAUGCGACUUACACCAAGCUUAUCCACGCAGGAGCUGUGAGCUGGCCCUUGGCCUGGACGUUUGUGGCGAUCUACUGGAAUGGAGCGAUCAUGGUUCCCCACCAGCAUAGUCUUGUUGCCAGGAUCUUUGCCAAUGUCUUUAUUUGGAGCUUGUUGGGCUAUGGCUUGUUCUUCAUCUUUUUAUACAAGGACUACACCAUGGGGUUUGCUCUCAGUGUCUUGUCAGCUUCCCUGGGCGUCGCGCAGUUUUUCAGACAGAUCAUUGCGUUCCAGUGGAUCUUUGCAUUCACCAUCAUGUCGGUGCUGUUUGUGGCCACUGUGUUGGUUGCCGUGCCGGCUUGGACUGGGCGGGAAGACUUCUUCGGCAAUAGGAGAGAGCCUGUUGGAGAUGCCGAGAGAGCGCCUCUGUUGGCUGACAAUUAG